GUAAAGGCACAGUCAAAAGCGGCUAAACUACAUUCUCUUGGAAUGUUGAGCCAUUUGGAGCUUGGCUUAGUUAGUGAUGCUGUUAGCGAAACAAGUGCUUUGUUCGAAGCAUGGGAAUACCGCUGGACAACCAUGACCAAGUUGGAGUUGGAUGAUAGUGUACUCUUUGAUCCAAAGAGGAAAACGGGUG